AUGCGGCGUAGGCUGCUUAGUGCUGGUUGCUGCUUAUCUUAUGAAUGGGGGCCCCCAGCAAGGGCCUCGUCUUGUUUCUCGGGGUUUAGUAGCGAUACAUGUCUAUCCCUUGCUCAUUUACCUCCUGUAUUAGGGGGAGAAGAAGGGGGGGCCCCUACCCGACUGUCGGAGGGGGCUGGGGGGCCCCCUUCGUCUCCUAGGUUGCUGCUGCAAGCAGCACAAGAUCUGCAUUUGGCGUCACUCAGCAGCAACAAGACUUGCCAUCCGCUGCAUACGCAUGCAGCUGCAGCAGCAGCAGCAGCAGCAAAUGCAGCAGCACACCCUCUUGUUGCUGCUACCAAUAACCCAAAUCCUCUUGGAUGCUGCCUAGCUCUCUCCCUUAGUGGCCCUGCCCCAGAGCAGCAGCAGCAGCAACCCCGAAACAGCAGCAGCGGCAGCAGCAGCAGCCACACGUUGCAUGCACACCACCACCAGCAGCAGCAACGACAGCAGCAGAAGCAUGAAGGUUCAUCAUCUGUUGCCGUGAAGGACGGCAGCAGCAAAGGCAGCAGCAAAGGUAGCGGUGGUACGACCCUAACCACCUCAACAAAAGCAAGCAGCAGCAGCAGCAACAGCAGCAGCAACAGCAGCAGCAGCAGCACAAGCCGAUGGCUACAGUUGCAGCUGCCGUCUCCGUCAGGGGGUAGAGGUAGCAGCCUUGUGUCUCCUGUCUCCUCUAAUAAGAUAGGAGACAUAUUACAUUCUCCUGUCUCCGUCUUCUCUCAGGCUAGUACAACAACAGCACACCUUUCUUCUGCUUCCUCCCUAGGUAGCUGCAGCCAGCCCCCUACCCCUAGUACCCGUUUGUUGCCAUCAGGGGCCCCUUCCCCUCCUCAUCCUGGUACACCCGAAGCAGCGCCUGCUGCUACUGCUGCUGCUGCAGCAGCAGCAGCAGCAGCUGCAGCAGCAGCCGCUGCAGCUAAUAAUCCCGAUGCAGCAGCAGCAGCUGCUGCUGCUGCUGCAGCUGUUAACCUCCGAGACACCCAUGGAUCCCGACUCCGACGUAAAGGGACUGGCAGCUACGAGGUGUAUGUACACCCCGCUACUGUCGUUAAAGGCAAGAAGGAUCCGACUAUAUCUAAUGCUGCUGUUGCUGCAGCAGCAGCAGCAGCUUCCGGUGCAGGUGCAACAGCAGGUACAGCUACAGGAGGAGGGGUUGUUGGCAAGGGAUCAGAUGGGCCCUGUGCUGCUGCUGCUGCUGCGAAGGGACAAUUGCUGCAGCCAACUAGCAGCAGCCCCACAGGCCCUGAUAGUUCCUGUGCUACGUCUUUUCUUUCUAGUCCCUCCUCUGCUUCUUCCCCUUCUCCUUUACGUUUACCGAUCCCUGCUAGGGGUCUACGGCGUCUGCAGCAUCCGCGGCUACAGCAGCAAGUAGCAGCAGCAGCAGCAGCAGCGCCAGGAGAAGAGGUGGAGAUGCGCCCUCCGCGUUCUUUGCGACGGUUACAGCUGCCUAAGCUGCAGUCUCCUUUGUCUCCUUGCUGCUCUUCUCUUGCAAUGUUGAGCACAGAUGGCAGCAGCUGCAGCUGUUAUAAAAAGCCCCAAGGUGCUGCUUCCUGCUGCAUGCAUUCUUGCAUGCAACACUUGGAUUCAAGUGACCCGAAUGUCUUUAUUUCGGGGCUUGAUGCUGCAGCAGGAGCCCCUUGUGUUAACUGCGCAGCAGCAUUUGCGGAGACAGUAGGAGGAGCAUCAGGAGACGGCAGCCCAUUGGAUGCAGCAUUUGAAGCAGCAGCACAAGCAGCACAUGUUGCUGCACAUGCUGCAGCACAAGCAGCAGCGCAUGCAGCCGUCUUAAAGCGGCAAGCAGAAGAAGCACUGCUGCUGCGCAAUAGCCAAGUGCAUGCAGAGGCAGCAUUCAGUGUCUAUCCGGACUUAGAGAGGGAUAUACAUUUAGAGUACGACUUGUAUUGUGGGCAGCUCAGCGCGGAAAGAGAUGCCUCUGCUGCAGCAGCAGCUGCAGCAGCAGCAGCAGCAGCUGGAUGCAGUCCACAGACACUGUCUUCAGAGCCGCCACCCCCCAAGAAUACAACAAAUAAAACUCAUUUUGUAUUAGGGGAAGGAAGGUAUGGUAAAGUUGUGCUGGCGAGGCACAGAAGAACAAAAGAAUUCGUCGCCGUAAAAAUGUUGGACAAAAGACGCGCCUUAGCUGAUGAUGCAUGGGAUUGUAGGCAAGAACUUGAAAUGCACAGACGGUUGCCUCGCCACCCCCAUGUGGUAUCUGUGCUGGAUGUGUACGAAGACCGCAAGAGCCUCUAUAUCUUAAUGGAGUUGUGUGAUCAGAAAUCUCUUGUGGAUAGAGUUGUUGCAGAAGGCGCAUUUACAGAAGAACGCGCUAAAAUACUCUUCGCACAAUUGCUCUCCGGGGUGAUGCAUUGCCACCAGAACAACAUCGUGCACAGAGACCUAAAGCCUGAGAACAUUUUGUUUGCUCGGGAACGAGGAUCAGGGGGCUGCAGCAGCAGCAGCGGCAGCGCAGCAGAGUCUCCAGACUACUGGCGGCCAUCAACCCUGUCUGCUGCAGAUGCUCCUUACGGACACUCCUUCUCGCAGCAGUACAGCUCUCAGAAACCCCUUAACACUUCUCCCGCAGAAGGGGGCCCCCCCUUCACCGUUAAGAUCACUGACUUCGGCUCUGCCUGCUAUGCGGCACCGGGAGAACUCAGCGGCACAGCGUGCGGCACAAUUCAUUACCUGGCUCCUGAGGUUCUUGCUGGGAACUACUAUGACGGGUUUUUAAGCGAUGUUUGGAGCCUAGGUGUUAUUUUGUAUAUUACGGUCUCCGCCACGCCUCCCUUUUUCGGAGAGUCGGAUGGAGAAGUGGUACAGCGGAUAGUAGCUGGCUCGUAUUCCAUGGCCGGCUACCAGUGGCGGCACAUAUCGGACGAAUGCAAAGACAUCAUCCGACGUUUGUUGAUGUCUUCCUUCAUGUUGGCUGCAGCACAGCAGCUUCAAGAAAACCUCAAACCCUAA